AUGAUCGAGUUAGGAUUGAGCCGCGUCGCGCGUCUCCUCCAACAAACCCCGUUAACAUGGAAAGCCAUUCACAUUGCCGGCACCAACGGUAAAGGCUCCAUUAGUGCCUAUCUUUCCCAUUUGCUCUCCACAACCGGUGUUCGAUGUGGACGCUUUACCUCACCCCAUUUGAUUGAUCGGUGGGAUUGCAUUACCAUCGGCGAGCGGGUCGUCCAGGAAUCCCUCUUUCGACAGAUCGAGUCCCAGGUUAAACAGCGGGAUGAGAAACUCGGCAUCGGUGCCUCGGAGUUUGAGCUCUUGACUGCUACCGCUUUUGAGAUUUUCAAUCAUGAGCAAGUCGAAGUUGGAGUGGUGGAGGUGGGCAUGGGUGGUCGUCUUGAUGCGACCAAUAUCUUGACUGAUGUGCUGGUCUCGGUCAUUGCGAAGAUCGGGAUGGACCACCAGGCGUUCCUGGGGUCGACAAUUGAGGAAAUUGCCCGGGAGAAAGGAGGUAUUCUCAAACCUGGUGUGCCCUCUGUGAUUGACAACACCAACGAGACUGCUGUCCUUGAGACUUUGUCGAGCCGUGUCCAAGAGCUCGGCAUUGACGCAAUGUUUGUUUCGCCGGACAAAGCUGACGAGCAACUUCCACCCCUCGCACAACUGUUCCGGACGUUGGAUCUUGAGCCUCAUCAACAAGAGAACAUGUGCUGCGCUGUGUCUGCCCUGCAUCUCGCGCUGUCCAAGAUUCGGCCUCUAGUCGAUGCCUUCUCACUCCUGCCCCAUCUUUCGGACGUCAAGUGGCCUGGACGGUUGGAGAAUAUCAACCUCCAACCUCUCAUCAAUCGUACAGAGCCAGUUCUGCUAGAUGGUGCCCACAACCCACAGUCCGCCGCAGUUCUUGGCCGGUACAUCGACCGCAAGCUCCGCCCAACCUCUGAAAAUGUAACAUGGGUCAUUGCUGCGUCGAGUGGGAAAGACCUGGCGGGAGUCUUUUGCUCCAUCAUUCGGCCCGGGGAUAAUGUCGCAACUGCAGAGUUUGGCCCAGUCGAUGGCAUGCCAUGGGUAACACCUACCAAUGCCACGGAGCUUUCCUCGACUGUACGAUCCAUUUCGGGUAUUGGACAGGUGGAGAGCUUUGAAGGCGAUCUGCUCCCUGCGAUUCAAUGGGCAAGCAAGAUCGCCCAAAGCGGUCCAAUUGUCAUUGCUGGCAGCUUAUACCUUGUUUCUGAUGUUCACCGUCUCCUGCGUGAUGCACGUCAAUGA